AUGUCAGUAGAUAAAGUGCAUUUACGACACUGCAUUUUAUAUGAAUUCCAAAAAGGAAGCAACGCAUCGGAAGCAUGUAAAAAUUUAUGUGCGGUAUUUGGAAAAGAUAUUGUAAAUGUUUGUACUUGUCAAAGAUGGUUCAGCAAAUUUCGUUCUGGGGAUCUGAGUCUCAAAGAAAGUGAUCGAUCUGGACGACCAUCCAAGAUCGAUAAUGAUGUUUUGCGAUCCAUGUUGGAAAAUAAUCCACAUUUAACAAGUCGAGAAAUUGCAGAAGAGUUUGGAAUUCAUCAUACAACUGUUGGAGAUCACAUUAAAUCUCUUGGGUUGGUGUUAAAGCAAAGUGUUUGCGUUCCACAUGAAUUAACGGAAAAGAAUUUGUCUCAUCGUGUAAGAAUGUGUUCAUCACAUCUGAUUAGACACAAUGUGGAGCUGUUUUUUGGACAGGCUGGUUACUGGAGAUGA